GGGACAUUUCCUACCGAGCAAAUGGUCACUCAAUUUGCUGGGGCCCCAGAUAGGAAUUCCCCACGCUCGACAUACAAAGACCCAGGAUGGCCCAUACUCAUAGGCCAUAGUUUCUUUUGUCAGUUGUCGAACACUUCUUUGGCUUCAACUCGAAUUUCAGACCGCAGCUUGUUUGCAAUAGCCCCCAAGGGCCCGCCAACAAGUUGACUACCACAGUACAACCAUGUCUUCUCUUGACCAGAAACUCGACGUCCAGCAUUGCGACCAGGAGCUCGCCUUGCAUGGCGGCGACUCCAAAGUUGUCGAACCACCCACUUCUGGUUACGUCGAGGGUACCGAGGAAGAAAAGAAACUGGUCAGGAAGAUCGACAUGCAUCUGAUCCCGAUCUUGUGGGCCAUGUAUGUCUUCAAUUACCUCGACAGAACAAACAUUGGCAAUGCCAAAGUUGGAGGAAUGGAAGAGGACCUCAAGUUGAGUUCUUCCGAUUACUCACUUGUUCUUUCCAUUUUCUUCGUCGCGUAUUUGUUGUUCGAACCUCCUGCCGUUAUGGUCUUGGCCAGGACGAAACCAAGCCUUUUCUUACCGAGCAUCAUGAUUGCGUGGGGAGCAAUCUCAGUCUCCGUCAAAGGUAUACACAGUCUAGGGGGUUUGAUUGCUUUUCGUAUUGCUCUUGGCUUCCUAGAGGCUGGGUUCUUCCCAGGAGUCAUGCUCGUGCUUUCUUGCUGGUAUAAACCCUCAGAGUUAUCAAAACGUAUUGCAAUCUUCUAUACCGGAACUAUCCUAGCUGGAGCCUUUGGUGGCCUACUUGCUGGUGGUAUCAUUGACGGAAUGGAAGGGGUUGGAGGAGUACGUGGAUGGAAAUGGCUAUUCAUUAUUGAAGGUCUUGGAACCGUUAUUGCCGGUUUCGUUGCAUACCUCCUCUUACCUGACUAUCCGACAAACACAAAAUGGCUUUCCGAGGCAGAGAGAAAGCUGGCCACGACUCGAUUGAUACUCAGAGAGGAUCUAGACAAGAAAAUGUCCUAUAAAAAGGCUAUAGUAUUGUCCAUCAAAGAUUGGAAGAUGUGGCUGUUCAUGCUCUCCUUGAAUACAAUCUUGGCUUCGGGCACGGUCUCAUAUUUCUUUCCAACCCUAAUGGGUGCGUUGGGUUACAAAGGUCGCAUGGUGCAGUUCAUGACCGUACCCAUUUACGCCGUGACUUUGGUCAUCAAUUUGAUCAUGGGUUACUCGGCCGAUUAUACCGGAAAAAAGGCAUACCACGUCGUGGGUUGCGCUAUCCUGGCUGUGGUCUCUUUCAUCAUCUGCGCGGCCAGCAAAAACUUCUCCGUCCGCUACGCUUUUAUCUGUUUCGGUUUCGCAGGGGUACAAUGCUGUGUGCCUUUAUUGAUCAGUUGGGAAGUCACCAUGUUCCCCGGUCGAGAGAGACGUGCUGUGUCUGUCCCCGUCAUUAACGGUUUCGGCAACUUGGCUUCCGUUUACGGAUCUUUCAUCUGGCCUUCCCACGACGCCCCGAGGUAUAUAAUGGGCUUUGCGGUCAUGACCACCUUCAUGUUCAUCGCUGGCGCCACCGCCCUACUGAUCAAAAGAAUCUGGGAUGACAAGGGUCUGGCGAGAAUUGACUAUGACGAACAGGAGGAGAACGAGUAGGAAGAGGACCAAAAGGAGACCAAUUGAGAGUGGAAGAGGCUUUUCUUUUUGACUUUUGGAAGAAAACCAUCCAAAUUAGCUCCAUCCAAAUUAGCUCCACCGAGAUACUACUCUCACUCUCCCUAGAACAAUCUUGUACAGAUAGCAGAAAGUCUGUGAAC